AUGUCUCUUAAAACUCACCUUUCUGUAUUGACGUUUGUGCUUCUUCUAACAUUACUUCAAGUCUACCAAGGAAGUGCUUUUUUCUGGUCUCGGAGGAGAAGAAGAAGCCCAACGCCAAAACCAAGUCCAGUAAGAAACUGCGGUUCUUCUGGUACGUAUUAUAUUACUAUCUCUUGACCCUAAAAAUACAGAAAUUUUUAGCUAAACCCUUCUUGAAAACUCUUCAUAAAUGAAAUAUAUAGCCAGGCUGUUUAUGCGGGAAAAUUGCCUUGAUAAUUAGGGAUUUUUGAUAAAAAUUUACCGUAAAUUAGGCUAUGUUGGGUUUAAAGUCUAAAUUGCAAUAACAACAGACAACUCGGAUGUUUAGAUCAAACGCAUUGGCAUACUGGCCGAAAGCUCUAUUAAAAGCAAGACAAAGGUGAUUUUAUUUCUCCAAGUAUACUUGGGAAAAAAGCCUACAAGCGUACUAGCCGAAAAUAUACAGCUUUACCGCGAGUUUUAAUUUUAAAGCUUGCCGAUAUUUCAGCGAACUUAUAUGUCAUGUUUACAUAAAACAAUAUGUGAAAUAUUUAAUAUAAAUAUAUUUUUCUCAACUAAUCUACAUUCUACAAGUCGUUUUGUCUACAUAUUGAAUCUUGUAAUAUCAUAAUGGUUCAUUUUAGUCUUUUAAUCUUUUAAACAGUGUAUAUAUAGAAGACAAUGAUAUUUUCCCGUGAAGCUUUUUAUGUUUACCGAGCGCCACUCAAAUUUAAUGUCAAACACUGUAGUGUGACAGAUCAGGUUCAUACCCAUUUAAAUAAUCACCGCGUUAAAUGAAAUAAAAGAAGUAUACAUUACCAUCAACGCCGCAUUAAUGCAUCUAUACUAGAUAUUAUACAGCGAACGAAAUAGAUAAGGGUAUAUUUUGAACUAUUUAUAUCAGUAGUUUCAAGAUGUAACAUAUAUGUACGAAACAUAAAAUGGACGUCAUAAGACAUAAAUGUAAAAAUUUCGCAAAGUCGAAGGAAAUUUCUCUUGUUCUACGAAAUUUAUGUUAAAUGCGUCAGUGACGACUGAUUUAAAGGGCGGGCGCCUCAAAGUCAAGGUCAUAAAAAUUUUAAGAAAACUUUUGCAUGGAAUGCGGAUUUUUUAUGACGCGCAUUGUAAGGGAUUGUAAUUCUUUUAUCCAAUCAGAGUUAGUCUAACCCCAGAACAUUUUACUUGUUGGUGGAAGAUUCCUUCAAUAAAGAACAGUGAAUAGUUCUAAUAUAAGAAUAUUAGUUAUAAAUUUGAAAUGUUUCAGGCCAAGUUGGGUGGUGUUUUCGGUCCAUUUCAGUGGUUUCAUGAUCCUGAACUUACGGUCGACACCUUGCCACCACCUUGCCUUUAUACUGUCAACUCUCAAAAUUAUUGUAAUGUGUCCGAUAAUAUAUCUAUAAAGUGUGAAAACGCUUUUACUAAUGUCAAUGUGCGAAGGACGGGACCAGUCCUUUGCAGUAAUUCAAAGAUCUCUUCAAUCCCGCAAAUUAUGCAUUUUGUGACCUUCGUAUAUUUACAGCAAAAGGUUAAAGUCCAACUCGAAGUUACUCGAUGAAAACAUGCUUGAAGUCAUUAACGAUUUAUCAUGCGAUUUAUCGCCAAACACCACAGUUUUCUUCGCUUUCCUCCUGUAGUAACACUGGUCCGAUAAAAGAUUAUCCUUACUGGUUCUCUAGGGAGACCAGUUUAGAACUGACAGACCUAUGUACUAUUUAAAACACGAGAAGAAGUGAUUUAUCAGAUAUAAAACACGAGAGCGCAGCUGAGCACCUCGAGUGUUUUAUAUCUGAUAAAGCACGGACUACGAAAAACGACCCAUCUGAUGAGUUCAUUGGCGAAGUGAUUUGAAAACUAAACAUUGUCUAAGCCGAGAAAAUCAAAGCUGAAGUUUAUGCAAAUGAACAUGAUGUACUUGAUUUUUUAUCACAUAUAAAACUACCGACACGAACACCGCGGAAAAACGUCUGCGCAUGCGUCAACCUUACCUGUAAUCAGUAUUACGAACUUGAUGAGAAGCUGUUCCGAACGUUUCCAAAAGCUCAAAAUGGCGGUAAAAAAGAGUGACUUCAUUGUGCGUCUUUACAGCCAGAUUUCGAGCACAAAAAUAAACAUGUCAUUCUAAAACUGCUAGGAAUAAAUACAGCCAGAAGGUUCAAGAAAUUGUAUUGUACAAGAAAAUGAACUAAAGGUGAUUGUUGACAAAUUUAUCGUCUGAAACAUUUUGUUUAUCAACUAAGCAACGACAAUUUCCGAAUUUUCGUUUGAGAUACAUUUCUUUAAAAAAAACUGUGUCGCCAAAUAUAAAAAAAAAUUCGUGUUCACAAUAAUUAAACUUUAGGAUUUAUUCUACAAUUUGAGUGGGUUAAGAAGGAUUUAGGAUUUAUUCUACAAUUUGAGUGGCUUAACUUUUCGAGAGUUUUCUUAACUUUUGAGUUUGAAUUUUUGUUUUGAAUAAUUUUGCAAAAAUUUUCGAAGUCGUAUCCGUUAAAAUCAACAAUUUUUUACAUGAAUUAUAUUUUAUUCCAUACUUUAAAUGCCAGGACGCUUUCAAUUAAUGUCUAGUCUACCCAUUUGCUAUAUUUUCUCGUUUGUUUUACUAAUUUUUGACCAAUUAAUAAGCAUGUUUUUGUUUUAGAAAUUGAUAUUCAAAUUCCCCGCCAUAUUUUCAUAAUUUGGUGCAUGCGCAGACGUUUUUCCGCGGUGUUACCGACACGACAGUGAUUUCUUUUGUAUUAGAGUAUAUAUAAAGUUAGUUUAGGUUUCCUCCUGUAAUAACACUGGAUCAAUAAGGGAUGAUCCUUACUGGACCUCUAGGAAGAAGAGUUUAGAAAUCAUAGAGGUAUCCAGCAUAAAGUUAGUUUAGUUUAGGCAUGGAUAAUAAAAGACAUGGAUAGGAUACUAGCUGACGUGACCUAAUGUUUUCAAUGGGAUGAUGGCGUUGAAACCUAGUUGCAAACCAAAUUCUCAAAAAUGGCAUGUUUAUCAAUAAUACAGCUAAACAUUUUAGUCAAAGAGCAAAUAAAUAUAACUAGGCCAUUCUACGAUGAAAUCUCUAAGUAUUCCCAGUCAAUUUUAGCAAAUAUUUCAAGCACUGAACAGUGAAAAAUGCAUCCCAAAUUUCGUUAACUGAAACGGGAACUGCUUCAGCAAUUUCUAGAUAGUUAGCCUAAGGGCAUGUUUUUCUGUUGUCGUUGUUAUUGUCGUUGAUGUUGUUGUUGUUGUUGUUGUUGUUGUUGUUGUUGUUGUUGUUGUUGUUGUUGUUGUUGUUGUUGUUGUUGUUGUUGUUUUUGCUGUCGUUGUUGAUGACGUUGAUGUACGUUGUAUGCUGCUGUUGUUAAUCUUGUUGUCAAGAUUUUGAUGUUGUGUUUGUGUAUAAAGUAAUUGCGUGAUCUUAUUAUAUGAAUUUAGGAUCUGAUGUAUAAUUAUAGUAAUUAAUUGAUAUGUAUAUAUAUUUUUGUCACUGAAAAGCCCCUUUAGGGAAGUGUCAAUAAAGUCAAUAGUCAAUAGUUCGAGUAAGCGAUAUUUCGGAACAGAAUCUAGUUCCUUCGAUACCAAUGUAAUCUAUAGUAAUAUGAUUUUUUUACCUGACCGCGUAGCUCAGUUGGCAGAGCAUUGCCAUUGGGCUAGUAUUCCAAAGAUCGUCGGUUCGAUUCCCACCGUGGCCGGACAUAUUUUUCAAGCUUGCCCGGUGUGGAUAUACACUCAGAGUAACAUCACAUGCAUAUUAUAAAACAGUAUACUGUAAUGAUGUUCAGCAUUGAAGCAGUUCAAUAAAUUUUUAAUCCUUAAAACUUGCAGCGUGGUCUGCGUGGAGUGAGUGUACACCGUUCUGUGACUCGCAACCUAAAAGUCAGCGAACACGUACAGUAAGGCAAAACAACAAGUGCGUGCCACAAAUACAAAUACGUCGCUGUGAUCCUCGUGGUGGCUGCAAUCAAAUGUGUGAUCAAGUCAACAAAAAAUGCUUGUGUUCCCUUGGUUACACUUUAGUUGAUGGUAAGUUGUUUCUCAUAGUGUACUAGUUCCAUAGGGACUGUAUACGCUCUGCUUAGAAAGAGCUUUGAAAGACAACAAGUUCAUAAAUGAAGAUCCCUAUCAAACACAUGAGAAAUGAAGAUCUCUAUCAAACACAUGCCCAUCUUAGAAAAAGCUGUGUUAGGCAAGAUAAUUAAGUAUUCGCCUUGGAGAGUUGCUUUCUUGUAUAGAAAGUUGCCUUCUGUCUUAGAUAUCUGAUACACACCAAAUCUAUGGCUUUCAGGCUAUCAUAAAAUGUGCCGGCCUAUAAAAUGCAUGAAAUAGCGUUCCGCAGACCCUAAGAAUAGAAGCAUUAUCCAGGGGGCAUUGACCCUGGAAAUGGGGCAUUGUCCCAGGUCUGUGUAUUCGAUGAUUGACUUCCCCCUCCCCAAUCCCACUCAAUAUUUCUGAAGUUCUGCUCAUGCACUGUAACGCUCACUGAAAGCUAUCAAUUGAACCUGGAUUCUUUGAAUAAUAUUACAGGUAAAAACUGUGUCGACAUUGAUGAGUGUCACAGCAAUGAAGGACGUGGACCGUGUGAUCACACAUGUCAAAACCUUCAGGGUGGUUAUCAAUGCAACUGUAACAAGGGAUAUCGCCUAAGCGGCAAGACUGCAUGUGUUCCCCUCGACUGUCAAAUACCACAAUUUUCAAGAUGCCCUAAAACACAGAACACAACUAAUGCUGCAGGAAACCUCCCAUUAUGUACAAGUAUCAUAACAUAUUGUCAAAACGGGACAACCUAUAAUUCGCAAUGUACUUUAUCUUGUCCAAAGAACUACAAACUAGCAUUGAAGAAGCCAACAACAAACUGGCCAGAUUACACUGGAUUUGAAUUUCAGACGGCGAGUAGUAGGAUCAUAUGUCAUCAGACAUCAAUGGGUACAGCAAUCUGGCAUACACAACUGAACGAGUAUCACUGCAGGCGCAGCAAUGAUCCACCGCUGGCCAUAAUGCUCGUAGGCGGCUCUAUAAACGAAGGCUUACCGCCAGGGAGUAUAGUCGGGAGACUAAGCACUAGGGAUGCGCAAAAGGGUCAAAUGAUGGUGUAUUCUGUGCAACAUUAUGAAGGCAAAUCAUCGUUCCGUUGUAAUGGUUCAGUAUUAGAAACCUCACUGGUGUUCACGUGGUACCCGCAUGGGCAAAACUCGUACCCAGUCCGAAUGAGAGCUCAAGACAAUGGCUCCCCACCAAUGUGGGCAGAACAAGUCUUUAAUAUUAGUGUAGAAAAUGUGAAUGACCCCCCGCGAAGUAUAGAAAUUUCUCGGAACUGGGUAAAUGAAAACGCGAGCAUUGAUACAAUAGUGGGAGAAUUGAGCGCCAUUGACAAUGACUUGGGAAACCAGAGAACUUCCGAUUUUUCUUGGAAAUUACGGGAGGAUAAUUCAGGGAAUUUUAAUAUCACUGGCAAUAAGGUUGUUCUCCAGAAAACACUGAAUUAUGAUACUAUAAAAUUAUGCUAUAUUAAGGUAGCCUGUACUGAUCAGAGCUUGACUACGGUGAAAGAAAUACCUAUAUAUGUUAUCAACCUUAUUGAUCCUCCUACAAUAAGCUUAAAAGGCAAACGUAUCGCAGAAAAUUCAAAACCUGGUACGGUCAUCACUCAAAUUACAUCCAAAUCAGAAAGCAAUGAGAGCUUAGACUUCACGAUUAGCGAAUCGAAUCCAAAUGCGACCUUCAAAUUCGGACUUAGUCCCCCCACGGUUUGCGAGCAUCACGAAAACGCCACUAAGUUCAAUACAACUUGCCAUGUCAAUAUAACGGUCAGUGGGAAACUGGACUAUGAAGAGACUAGGGAGUACACAUUGCAGGUUUAUGUGAGGAAUAGUGUCAGUAGUAAUUUUGCAAAGUGGAACAUCAGUGUGGAAAAUGUGAAUGAAAAACCAGAUAAACUGGGAAUAAACGGGCUGCACGAAAUACCGGAAGAUAUGAAGAGUGGGGAUGAUAUUGCUAUCUUUAUGGUGAGUAUAAACUUACUAAACUACUGUAUAGUAGAAAAUAUAUUUAACCAUACCCGAUUAGUAUAAAAAAAUGUGACGGGAAUUUGUUUGCACUACGUAUUAUCUCAACAAGGAAGUACCUGCAGAAGUGUUGACUUCUCUUUUCAAGUUUCCACAAGAGCAAAAUUUUCCGGAUUUGUAAAAGUAUCCGGAUCCCUUGUUUUUCAAGCAAACGGGAUCCGUGAGGCGUUUACACUAGAGUGCCCGACACAGCGAUGGCCAAUAUAAAGUAAAUCAUUUUAACCCUCUUAGUGAUAUGAUGCGAUGUUUUGACCCUGUUUGGCGGUUGAAUGGACCAUUCCCCAAUUAAUCAAAAUUUUGAUCUCAACAAGGCUAGACAACCUUCCAUCACAGCUUGAAAGAGCAUCACAAAAUUAGUAAUAUUCCAAAGUUUCGUUGCGAAAUGUUGUAAAAUGCAGAUAAUAUAGCCUUACGAAAUUUGCAAUUUUCAGUCAUUUUAGAUUACAAACGGGAAAUGGUUACCACUUUUCCAAAAUUUUGAUCUUAACUAGCCUAAACAAAAAUUUCAUCAUAGCUUGAAAGAGCAUCACAAAAUUAGUAAUAUUCCAAAGUUUCGUUGCAAAAUGUUAUAAAAUGCGGAUAAUAUAGCCUUGCGAAGUUUCUAAUUUUCAGUCAUUUUGUAUUACGCACAGAAGUGGUAACCAUUUCCCGUUCGUAAUCUAAAAUGACUGAAAAUUGCAAACUUCGCAAAGCUAUAUAUUAUCCGCAUUUUACAACAUUUUGCAACGAAACUUUGGAAUAUUACUAAUUUUGUGAUGCUCUUUCAAGCUGUGAUGAAAUUUUUGUCUAGACUUGUUGAGUUCAAAAUUUUGGUUAAUUGGGGAAUGGUCCAUUGAAUAGCAAUAAAUUUGAAAAAAAUAUACCGGAACAAAUUGAUCCAGAUUCGGAAAGCAGUUUAAAGCCGGUUUUCCACUUCGCGCGUAUCGUAUCGUACCGAAACGUACUGGUUAGCAUGCGCAGAUUGAAAAGAGGUUUAUAAAUCCACAUACUUCCGGGUGUAUUCGCGUAUCAAAAUAAAAAGUUCGUCGCAAGUCAACUUUUUGGCGUACUACGGAAGUACUAACCAAUCAACAUUCACGAAAUUUUGAAAUUUAAAACGUUUUUGAUAUGUUUCGGUACGGUACGCUUGAAGUGGAAAACCGGCUUAACAUUCAAAUGUUUCCGGAUACGAAAUUCGCACAAACAAGAAAGGGCACUACUUCUAGAGGUAGUACUCAACAACGGCACUGUGCUCAACAUGUUUUGGGAACCAGUUUGAACAUUGGGCACCAGUGCUGGGCACUCAGUCUGAAUGGUUGAAACAACUCUUACCUAUAUUUUCCUGUGCAGGUGUCUGAUCCUGACAACAGAAAUAAGAUCACUCAGAACCACUCUUGCCAUGUUGUCAACAACGAUGGAGAAGGGGAAUAUUUCCAUGUGAACAAUGUGAGAAAUUCUCUGCAAGUUAAGAAGAACAUGUCAUUAAAUUAUGAAAAACAUCAAUCCUAUCUUGUGACAGUACAGUGUAAUGACAAUGGUGUACCAUCAUUGGGGAUAAGACGAGAUUUCAUUAUUAAUGUAACAGGUACGUGAAUGCUCUUCAAAACUACACCAAAUUAAUACCCAAAAGCCAGAACCAGCCGAUAUUGAAAAAAAAUGAAAACAUCUUGAAAACCCAAGAUAUGGACUACAUACAACAAGACGUAAAUUUGGACGGUUAUAUUAUACAGAAUCAUCAAAACUAACUUAUCAGUUCUAAACUGUUCUCCCUCUAGAGGUCCAGUAUAUAAUAGUCCAGUAUAUAAUAGUCCAGUAUAUAAUAGUCCAGUAUAUAAUAGUCCAGUAUAUAAUAGUCCAGUAUAUAAUAGUCCAGUAUAUAAUAGUCCAGUAUAUAAUAGUCCAAUAUAUAAUAGUCCAGUAUAUAAUAGUCCAGUAUAUAAUAGUCCAGUAUAUACCCUGAAAGACACAAGCCUGCUACCAACACUAUUACAGUAAUUCCAAUCCUUGUAACCUGUGUGGCAGGCGUUUAUCCUUGUGGAAUUUAACCAGUGAGGUUUAGAUUUGACUACCACUUUACCUUUUACUGACUAAAUACGCAUGUGAUUGGUUAAUCCGGUAGAUUAAAUCUGAUUGGAAGUGAAAUCUUAAACUUGAUUAUAUAUACAUACAUUUCUCAACAGACACAGAUGAACCAAUACAAAACCUCACUCUCUCAAACAACAAAGUACGAGAAAAUUCAGAGAUUGGCACAAGAGUCGGAACAUUUGAUGCUUAUGAUCCUGACAUACAUCGCCCAAAGACAAUGAAAUUUUCCUUGGUUGACCCAAAAUAUCCACCAUUUACUUUACAAGGAGUGAACAAUGAGAAAUUGGUUGUGAAUGGAUCUUUAAAUUUUGAAGAAAAUUCAGACUAUUUCCUUACAGUCAUCGUCACGGAUACUACUGAGCAUUCUUUACAAAUGCCUUUUAUUAUUACUAUUAUAGGUGAGAAAAUACGGCCAUUAUCUGAACUCACUUUACACUAGAUAGCUCUAUAAGUUUGCAAUUGUUUUCCUUAGAGGUCCACUAAAAAGACCAAUAGGGACUGGUUCAGUGUUACUACAGGAUAAAAUAUUUUCCACUAGUAACUGAAGUAUUGUUGGAAUUCAAAAUUGCUUUGUUAGUUUACAAAGCUCUUAACAACAUGGCCCCUAUUUAUACAUUUCUGAAUUGCUCAUCCCCAAAAUCAUCAAGUGAUCGCUGGACAUUAAGAUCGGAUGAUCAAGGACUGCUACAUAUGCGGCAGGACAAUUGUGAAAUUCCCUGCCUCUGAAUGUGAGGAACUGUGAUAACAUCUCAGUCUUCAAGAAACGUUUGAAGAUAUUCCUUUUUAGUAAGGCUUUUAACCUUUUAUAGUCUAAGACCACAUACAAUUUUAUCAUUCUUAUCGUAAUUCGUAGAUAUACUCGCUAGUCUAUAUUUUAAUGUCAGUUAUAAUGUUAUAGCAUAUUUAAUUGACCAUUUGCAGACUAAAUUUUGAUCUAAACAAGUCUAGACAAAAAUUUCAUCACAGCUUGAAAGAGCAUCACAAAAUUAGUAAUAUUCCAAAGUGCCUGAAAAACGGCAAACUUCGCAAGGCUAUAUUAUCCACAGUUUACAACAUUUCGCAACGAAACUUUGGAAUAUUACUAAUUUUGUGAUGCUCUUUCAAGCUGUGAUGAAAUUUUUGUCCAGAUCAAAAUUUAGUCUAUUACGCAAGUGGUCAAUUCUCAUUCCAUUUUCGACUGGAUGCAUUUCUAGCUUUUUACAAUGUACAGCGCUUUAAGUAUUUAACACAUAAAUUAUAUGCGCUCUAUUUAAAUGAUUAUUUUCAGAUGUCGAUGAAGCACCAACAGACAUCAUAGUAUACACAAACUACAUGAACGAAAACCUAGCACCAGGAUCAUUCAUCAGUAACAUCACGAUGAUAGACGAAGAUAAAAACACUAUAACUAUAUGUAGAUUACUGGAGGAUGGAGGAAGGAGAAUUGCCUUGAACGAAACAACUUUAGUUGCGGGGAAGCACAAUACGGACUAUGAAGAGGUUUUAUCACAUGUGAUUGAAAUUUCACUCAAGUGUUGUGACCAGUUGGAAAAGUGUUUUCAAAAGGAGUUUAACAUUUCAGUUCAAGGUAAAGCUAGCCGUGAAGCCCUGGGCAAACUAGGAAACAUUGUUGUGGAAACAUCAAACAUUUGUAAUUUUCGAUGCUUCCUAUUUCAAAUAUUUCCCUGUUUACCCACCCGUGGAAACAUUGUUGCGGAAACAAAAUUUGCUUCCCGAGAAGCAAAAAUGUUUCCUACCAACUUCAGAAACAUUUGAGGAUUCCCUACGUUUCUCACUAAUGUUUCCUAGUGUUUGCCCACUAUGGUAAACAUUGGCAGGAAACAAUGUUUCCACAACAAUGUUUCCUAGUUUGUCCAGGGCUUAACAUUGUAUAAUCAAAUACUGUCUGUGUAAAGUGAUCCUAGCUCAUCUACGAGACGCAAUCUUUGUUGGAGGAAAACCUGUCGUGAACCAAGGUUCAUCGAAAUGUCUCAUCUGCACUUUAGAAACGAACGAUAAUCGCGAUCAUUUAGCACUGCCUGGUAACGUCUGCUUUCCAGUCGACAGAAUGUCAUGGUACCAUAUCAGUACCACCAUCACCAUGAUCACCAUCACCACAUAUCACCACCACCUUCACCUUUAUUCCAUUGCGACAGCUUUUAUAGCUUUUACGUUACAUGAAAUUAAACAGUGUCCAGUUUCUUUUGGGACACCCAGUAAAUAUAUAUUGUCCUUCCUCUGAGUAUGUAAAUUAAUAUUUACUGAUUGCAGGAAUAUAUCAAUAUUUUAUAAAGUUUUUCUUAUUGAUUUUCACUUUAUUUAGACGUGAACGAGCCGCCAACAGAUAUCAACAUUGACAACCUACAAGUUAUGGAAAACGAGAAAGACAUAACCGUUGGAAAAAUAACCAUUUUCGACCCAGAUUCAAAUCCAGAUCACCACUGCACAUUAUCAGCCGACAACCAAACAAACUCGUAUUUGAAGAUAAUAAACAGCAAUAAAACACUUCAUUUGAUCAAAGAGCUUAACUUUGAGAAAGAACAGAUGGUAACGUUUGAAAUUAUAUGCAGUGAAAGGGGGAACAGCUUGAUAUAUUACAAAAAACAAUUUGAUUUGAUAAUUGUCGAUUUGAAUGAAGCUUCAAGCAGAGGAUGUGAAAAUACACUCUAUGUUUCACAUGAGCAAUCCCUUGGCACUGUUGUAGGUAACCUUAAUGUAUCUGACCCUGACAAUACAAAUACCAAAGACAUUUGCAAUCCGAAACAGAGACUAACAUACACUAUCAUUUCUGAAAAAAAUAUACCAUUUCAAAUACUAGAUGGUUAUUUGGUCAAAACUGGUCGCGUUGAGAGCAAUGCCACAUAUAUUAUUGGCGUUUCAGUACAAGAUGAUGGAAUUGUCCUUUCGAGAAAUUUUACCAGAUUGCAUGCCAAAAGGAAAACAACUUCAUUCAACUGUACCAUCAUUCCUCGCACUUUGAUUGGAUCGCAGAUUACGUUAUCAUCCAAUCAGAUUAAAGAAGGUUCCCCAAACGCGAGUGUUAUUGGGUAUCUGGGUAUGGGGGGAGAACAACACAACGUGAAAUAUGAAUUGAUAAAAGAUCGAUGUAAUAGUUAUCCAUUUGUUAUCGAGGGUAAUAAAUUGAUGUUAAUGUUGUCUUCAUAUACUGGUCCAACGACGGAUGAGGACUACAUUGUACCACAGUAUGCCAUGGUGAUGGUCAAAGCCAAUGGUACUAAUACUACCAAUGCUGGUCAUGUCAUGGAAAUACGCUUUGCGAUAUUCAUCAAUGGUAGGAAGUGUUUGGAAACAAUAAUACUCUUAAUAAGUUUACUUAUCUUUAAAAUGCCUUGGGUGAGGUUUAGAAGUGCUUACAAAAGAAAAGAUCUUACAUCAGGACCAAACUUUAUUUAUACUGGAUAGCUCUACUGUAUCUGUUCUAAACUUCCCCUCCUACAGGUUCAGUAAGGAUAUGUCUUAAUUAUUUAAGGACGAAACUGGGGCACCCGGAGGGGUAAAUUAGAAGAACUCACGUGUAAAUGAGGGUGAAAUUAUAAUCUGACUACUGCACACUGCUGGAAUCAAAGCCUGGUCACAGGGUUUCACCUGUACCAGUUCUAAGUGAAGUACAGUACAUUCAUCUUUGUUCACAUUUCUUUCUUUCUAGACGAUGUCAAAACACACAGGUUGAUAUGCUUCUCAAAUGAUCCAGUUCGACUUUCUGCUCUUUCCAGAACAAAACUAGGCCCUGUUAUCAUUUAUCAAGAUAACGACACAGAACUCAUUUGUCCCUCUGAGAAUAACCCUUACCCUCCACCUGACUACAGAUGUAAUGUUAAACCUGACAUGAAUCAAAGUUCAGAGGCUUUUACUACAGUGAACUUUACUAAUGUACUUUACGUUGACAAUGAAAUGUUCCUAAGAGUUAGUAUACCUGUCAGUGAAGAGGUUUCUGGCAUGGAUAAGUUGGUUUUAGAUCUAUUCUGCUGGGACCCGGAUCGGUUGUUUUCAUUCGUGAAAGGAAGGAUUGAAAUCGCGUUGACUCAUGAAGCGAUGUGCGAGGGAGAUCAUCAACCUCGAAAUGAUAGUUUAUGUAGCAAUACUAAAUCCUGUCCGGAAGAUACAUUGUGUUCCGAAGUUAUAAAUGCGGUGCCGAGAUGUGUGCCUAGUGGUGAUCAGUUGUUUGUUAUUAUGCCAAGUUUCAAAGCUGGAGAAUUGUUAUGUAAAUUUGAAAGUUGUCUUCAAGAAAUGCUUGUUAAUCCGAACAUUGGUUGUUUAUCACACUGGAAUGGUAGGUAUUGGGAAUCAGGGUUCAAUUUUAUAGCUUUAUUGUUUGAGUGUUUCUUAUAUGAAGGUAAGCAGCUUACAAAGACGAAUUUCAUGCCUGUUUAUACGAGACUUUUCAGACGAGUUAGCUGGCCAAAACAAAGGAAUCCUAUUCCAGAGAAUUUUUAGGGCCGUAGACUCAAUCUUGAAUUGAGUUUUGAAACUCGAUCUUCUCACUAAAGUUUCAGUGCAGUAAAAAUGAAGUUGUUCGAGUUAAAUUCGUGACGUGUGAAAAUUAGUUUUCAGUUGGAAACCCCACAAUUAAGAAAAAAUUGCUGGAAUUUAUCUCACAACACAAGAAAAACUAUGCAUUCGUCAUCUUUAACCAGUUUAUAGUGUCCCUUAGUGCCCCUGCUUUAACACACUGCGUCUCAACUACACUUAUUGGGUACAGGUGUCAGCCUCCCCAGAUCCCCAGCUGUUGUGACAAUCCUGAAUAUAGACAGCUUUCAUCAUCAACCUUCAUUCUCGUUUGACCAUGGCUGUAAUUUCUCUAUUUGCUAUUUAGAACAACGACUUAAGAAGCGUGCCGCAGAUGACUCGCUGUAUCUAGACAAUUUAGAUAUCACCAUGCUACAAAAACACAACAAACUUCUCUUGCGAGCGGCUGUUUGGAAAAUUCAAGAUGGAGGUCAACUUAGACUACAGCGAAAAGGAUCCCUACCAGACCUUCAAGACGGGAAUGGCGUCGUUUUUAUCACAACUAAAGAGGAAUGUGAUUUGUUGAAAGAUGAAGGUAUAAACUGCCCGGUGGAAGAUCCUGGAAGCACGUCAGGCCAGAGAUCGCCAACGCCUUUGGAAAGUCCUAAGAUACAAGCAGCCAUAGGUGCAGGAGUGGCCAUACUACUUGUUAUUAUCGUCAUUGUUAUUGUAUACUGUUUGAGAAGACGACGAAAGCGGAAUAAGCAGGUAUGAAAUCAGGGUUCGUAGUCUCCAAGACCAAAAAAAUUCAAAAAGACUUUCAAAGACUUUUUCUGCCUAUUUUCAAACACUUUUCAAAGACCUUUGAGAGCAAUCAGCUGUCGAAAAAUUGCGAGUGUAAGCACCAUUUUUACCCGGUAAUUAUAGUUCCGUCAAAUCACAUCCUAAAAUGCACCUUUUCGUCGAUAUUUGCGAAAACUUUGCUUCAAUCAAUCGAUAUUUUAUUACCAUUAUAAGUCAUAUAAUAAAUUCCUCACUAAAGAAUUUCAAGACUUUUAAAGACUUUCUUCGCUUUUUCACACAAUUUAAAGACUUUUCAAAGACCUUAAAGACCUGCAUCCAAAUUUAAAGACUUUCAAGGAUUUCAAAGACCGCUACGAACCCUGGAACUCUAUGUGUAUCACGGUGACACAGUGAUCAGUGCAUUUCGUCCCAGGUCUCCGUCGUAAUCGGCAGAUGGGGGUAAAGAUCUAUCUAAAAUGAUCAUGUUUUGUGAUUGGCUUUCAGAAACAAAAAUUAUCAUUGUUCGUGACUCGUUCUUUAGAAAGACAAUUUCUAUAGUUUUAUCGUCUUUCAUUGUUAUAAUCAACCAACCACGAGCCUGGAUAGUAUAGGUAGAUGAUGACAGGUAGAUGAUGACCCGCAGAUGGCCAUCAGCGCAAUGUACGGGACACAGGGUGCGAUAAUGCGAGAUUUGUAGUCGUAUCUGACUGGUACUCCAAUGAUUUUUGUCGCGUACUUGAGUUGGUGCAAGGUGUACUUAGUCUUUAAAAUGAUGUACAUAAAGUAUAUCUGACUGGUACUCCAAUGAUUUUUGUCGCGUACUUGAGUUGGUGCAAGGUGUACUUACUACUUAGUCUUUACACCCGUUUUCACAAUUACGCGACCUCUCUGAAAAAUACUCCUACUUCAAAUGUCAGUUUUAUGUCACAAGAACUGCUAAAAAUAGCAAACGUAUUAAACAAACUGUCUAAACUCUAAAGACAUUUUAAACCGUAUUUAAUACCAAAACUGAACAAAAAUGAGUCAGAUAACUUAUAUACAAACUAAAGCACAAUACAAACCAUCACAACAGAAAUAUGUGCCGUGAAUAACUUUUAAAGUUUGAAAAAUAACAAUUUAUCCUGGAAUUUAGCUGUCAGUAUAAAACACGCGCGCUGGACUAUAACGGUGAUGUUAUGAUUUUGUUGUGCUUAAAUUUUACAAUAAUUCUCACUAAAAUAUCUUGAAAAUCAUUGUAAGGUGCUGAUUACAUGGUGCCGAGCUGGCCCGGUUAACCGGGCUGACUCGUUUGUUUAGGACCUUACUGUGGUUUUAAAACUCGCGUAAAAUAAAUUUGCGAUAAAUAAUUGGUUUAGUAUAGAUGCAAAAUCAUCCUAAACCCGAUUUAAAACUCAUUUUGCGGCCCAAGGAAGAUUUUCGUGACAUUUUUCAGCCCGGUUAACCGGGCUGGCCCGGUCCAUGUAAUCAGCUACUAAGUCUGUUUAUAUAAAGCAUACAAAGCAUAUACAUCGACAAGGAACCGCAAAACUCAAAGUUUGAACUUCGUGAUCGAAUAACAUAAAACUGACACCUUGGUCGCGUAAUUCUGAAAACGGGUGUAAAAUGAUGUACAUAAAGUACAGCUUUCUGAAAGGUAUUCAUUCAGCAACAUGAAACUACAAGUUAGCAUGAGAAGUACGACAAUAGACCUUUCCCCUUUUGAGUGAAAUUUUGAUCUAGAUAUGCCUGGACAAAAAUUUCAUCACAGCUUGAAAAAGCAUCACAAAAUUAGUAAUAUUCCAAAGUUUCGUUGCAAAAUGUUGUAAAAUGCGGAUAAUAUAACCUUGCGAAGUUUGCCGUUUUUCAGUCAUUUUGCAUUACAAACGGGAAAUUGAUAAUCAGUUUAAUCAUCUGAUUAUGAAUUUCCCAUUUGUAAUCAAAAUGACUGAAAAACGGCAAACUUCGCAAGGCUACACUAUCCGCAUUUUACAACAUUUCGCAACGAAACUUUGGAAUAUUACUAAUUUUGUGAAGCUGUGAUGAAAUUUUUGUCCACACUUGUCUAGAUCAAAAUUUCACUUAAAAGGGGAAAGGUCUAUUACAUACACAAGCACGAGAAUGCUUCCAAUUUGAUUCUAUUAUAAGCACCGCCAGUUUGCUCAAGGAACAACUUUCUCUAUGUUAGUCUCCAAUGCUCGUUUACACCAUUCUCUAUUUUGCUACCCGUACAUGCUUGGACUACAGUACCUAUUUACAAAGCCUGAACACGGAUAAAUUUGGUACCAAAAUUGAGCUGUAGGAACACCGGACGAAUCGUCCUAAUCUAGACCUCUAGGGAGAACAAUUGAAGUUUGUAGUUCACAAUAUAAGACUCUAUACACAAGUUGUUGUUUUUUCCGUAUAAUUGUCUGUUCAAAUCCAUAACCAUUAAUCGCCUCUGUUUCUUAACCUAAGGAAAAACGCAAGGCAACUGUUGGACAUUUUGCAAACAUGGCAUUCGAUGAUGCCGAAUUGAAAGAAUUACCAUCCAUACCAAGAAAGGAAAGGAAAGAUCACACAUUGGAUACGAAGGUAUUGUUUAACAAAAGUAAAAUAGUUCACUGUAUAUCUAAAAUGAUGUGAAACAUUGAAAUGUUGAGUAGAUUAGAAGUUUAUAGACGAUCUACUUGAUGCAAACAUAAAUCACGUCAGCGGCUCUGAAUGACUAUACAGCUAUACUGUUUGACAAUUGCUUUGACAUUUUCGGCUGACAUCUAACAAAAUAUUUCAAUUAUAGCUGACAGACGAUGGAACACCAAUUUGGAACUGACAUCUAACCCAGCCCUCGAAUUUCCCUGAAAUCAAUCGACGGCAAUGGCGUUAAAAAUUGCCGUAGAACGUAACAGCUGUCUACGGCAAUCCUGACAGUUUCCACGGCAUUUUUCAAAUUACUGUAAUAAAACUUUAAUUUUAUUGUUACUUUGGAUUUAUGACAAGCUAGAAACAUGUCUACGUAUUUCUUUAGUUGUUUUUUUUUCCGAAGAAAACUGAGACUAAAAUAAUGAUUUACGCAUGAUUUGAUCAACAUCUGAAUUCAAGUAUCAAAAUAGUAAUGCACAGUGAAUAGUAUAACAAUUGCACUAUACGGCAAAAAAUUGCCGUCGUUGCCGCAAUGAUCCACGGCAUUUUGUUCUCCCUCUACGGCAAUUGCCGCGAUAAAAUUAUAGUUGACAUAUGAUGAAAUAGUAAUUUGGAACUGACAUAUCUAAUAGUAUAUCCUAAAUAUAGUUCACAGAUGAUGGAACAGCAAUUUAGAACUAACAUCUAACAUGAUAUCUUAAUUGUAGUUGACAUACGAUGGAACAGCUAUUUGGAACUGACAUAUAACAUGAUAUCUUAUCUGAUAACAGAGAAAAGAUGAAAUUAGCAAUUGUGAAAGGUUCCAUAUUACAACAAGCAAUAGCAAAGUCUUUUUUAUAUAGAAGAAAGGGAAGAAAGGAAAGCCAGAAUAUAACUUCAAAAAUCCAUCUUAUGAAGACCGAACAGAAAUACAGUCCAGAGAAAGCCAUAUCUACAAUGAAGCACAUCCACCAGUUGCAACAUAUGAAGAACCACAGCAGUUAGUGGAGAAAUCGCAAGACAAAAAAACCAAAUCAACAAAGGUAUUGCGGUAUCUUCAUAGCUUAUUUACACGUAGGUGUAUCACUUUGAACUAAAGACAAGCUUCACUUAUUUAUUACUCCACAGUCCACACUAUAUUACUUUGAAAUUGAGCCAGGAUUAUAGGGUCACUUUCCACCCAAUUUUUGAAGAGUCAGUUUCUUCCUAUAAAGAGAUCUGAUGUAAAAAAACUGACGAUUGCUCAGUAGUAUAGUCAGUUAUAGUCAGGUUUUCAAUCCACUUUAUGAACUUUAUUUCAACUAUAAGCUCAUGUUCAAUGACAGCUUUUAUAUUCUGAAUCUAACCCAUGUAUUCUCAAAAUCUUUUCAGGCAAUUUCCAACCCUUUCUAUGAGGCAACUGAUGUUAUUCCUGCCCAGAUACCUCAAGACAACUGUGCUGGGAAUUAUGCUAGUAAGUAUGAUACAGUACAAUGGACAACUUGCAUGUUAGACUAAUUUUUGAUCUGGGCAAAAAAAAGUAAAUUGCCAUAAAGAACUUAUCAAAAAAAAUAGUAAAAUUGCAAAAUUUGGUUACGAAAUGUUGUAAAAUACGGAAAAUAUAGCAUUGCGAAGUUUACAUAUUUUGCAUAUGUUUGUAUUACGUGCGAAAAUUGUUACCAUUUUUGAGCCGAAAAUGGUAACAAUUUCCGCACGUAAUACAAACAUAUACAAAAUUUGCGAACUUUGCAAGACUAUAUUUUCCAAGCUUUACAACAUUUUGCAAUCAAAUUUUGCAAUUUUACUCAUUUCAUUAUGUUCUUUUUAGCUGUGGUGUUUGAUUCCCUUCUCUUUACUUAGAUUAAAAUUUAGUCUAACAUGCAAGUUGUCCAUUAUUCCUACCAGAUUUUGGUUCAUACCCACACAAAUUCCUAUACAAUUUUUUCACAAUGUAUGUUGGCUAAAAAGCUACAGUAUACAGUACAUGAACUAGAUUACUAGGAAUUGGAAAAAAUACGGAGGAACACCAUUUUCAAAUGCCUAUUAAUUCCUUCCACUUCAUAGAUGUGGAUCUAAAUGAAAAUAUGUCAACAGAAACUAAGGAACACGAGUACGAAACAUUGCCUCAUUUACAAGAGAAGAAUGCUAACAAAAAAGGAUUGUUUAGAUUUUCUAAGAAUGUACACAAAAAGCGCAAUAGUAAACAAGUAUUUGACCAGAACAACAAGACCAUACAAACUCUUGCAGAUUAUGCUUUAAACGAAGACAGACAACAGGAUGCUGUCAAUAUUGAACAACAGUCUACAACUGCAACAAACGACCCACAUUAUGAGGAACUGCCGUUGCCUGAUGAGAGUCAAAUACAUAAAUGGAAACAAGAAUCUGAACAAGCCAACAAUGAAGACCCGCCAACAAUGGAUAAUACCAAAAGUCAAGUAGAUCAAGCUUUAAACACAAAAAUACUAGACGAAAAGGAAACUAAACGCAAAGAUUCCACAUACGAGGAUAUUCCUCCGAUUAAAGAUGAGAAAAAAAGAAAGGGAAUAUUUCGAUUUUCGAAAGUAUCUAAAAACAAUGACUUAGAUUCAAAACAGGAAAAUAAAACUGAUCGUAAAGACAGCGCAAACUCAGACAGGUUUUCAAGUCAAAAUGAAAUGGCAAACCCAAGGCAUAGCAUGCUUAAUCCAAGAGAGAAAGUAAAGAAAGAUGACCCAGCCAACAAGUAUCCAUUUUAUGAAGAGUUGCCACCAGUAAGAGACCCCAAAAGAACAGAGUCCUUCUUCGCAGUACAGCAGGGUAGUCAGAAAGGGGAAGAUAGCAACUUGUCUUCACCAUAUUAUCAUGUGCUUCAAACAAAUGCUGAAGGAGCAGAGCAUCACAAUCAAGAUACAGAAAAUAAUGAAGAUGGACCUCGUUACUUCGUACUUGAACAGGUUUGUUGUAAACAGCUUUUUGGGGGAGCUAUGUGUGUUACUCCCCCAGACUUUUAAAACUAGGGCCAAAAAAAAAUGUGGGUUUCCGGUUUCCCGACCCUACCUAGCUUUUGGACGCCAAAAUCCCGACCCUAAACUUUUUUAUUGGAUCACGCUUGUAAGUGUUUCCACUCAGAGGAAAACGUUUAUGGAAAAUGAAAAUUUGAGGCAAUAUUAGGGAAAUUUAUGUUUGGAUAUGGAAGCACUGACUAAACAAAAUGGCGUCCGGUUGUUAGGAAAAUUUUAAAAAAACUUUUAAAAAAAAAAGUUAAAACCGACCUACCCUACCUAAGUUUUUACAAGAGGAAACCGGAAACCCACAUAUUUUUUUUGGCCUAGUAAUUAUGUCAAAGUUUGCAAAGGUUCAAUCAACAAAUAAGUAAAGUAUAUUUAUUUUGGAAGACAUAUUAAAAAAAAAUUAGUGUUCAUUGAGUGGAUGUCUUCAUUUAUGCACACUGUCUCCCCAUAUCUGGGUCCAAUGAAAUAGUAUUUCAUUGAACAGUCAGGUGGCUUAAUGAGGGGGGCAUUGGGGGGUAUUCAAUACCGUAAUGGUAUUACCGUAAUACCGCAAGAACAUUUUGUCAAUAACCACAGUUUUCGAGUCCAAAAUUGCAAAUACUGUGUACCGCAAGAUUUCCAAUAUUGUAAUACCGCACUUUUUCAAGGAAAAUACCGAAAUACUGUAAGAAAAAUAAGCUGAUACCGCCAUACCGUAAAUCCCAAUGUCCUUCCCCACCUUAAUGCAGUUAUCAUCUUUCAAUUUUUGAUUGGAACCCAAAAAUUCUUCAAUUUUUUGAUAACAUAACAGCAUUUGAGGACUUCUCAACAGGCUUGUUUUAAGCCCUUUGUGAGUUGUUAAUUGUGACAACCUUGCAGCAAUUUGUUGAAACAACAACUUUGUUACAACUUGUCUUCACUGCUUGUACUGCAACCAUGUUAGUGCAGUCGUCAUUUUCAACAUAUUUGCAAUGUUGUAAAUGAAAUACCAAAUUACAAUGCCUUUUCAACAUGCUUGUUUCAAGCUUGUUGUGAGAAACCGUUGUGAACACAUCUUUUUACAAAAUAUGCGAUUUCUACUUGUCCGUAUGACAGACUAAAAGUACAGUACAACAACACACCUGCAUUUCCGAGAGGUCAAAAUGUCAAAUUAUGUCAGACAUAUUUAAUUGUUGAAAAACAAACUAUGAAUACAAUUACCUGUUCCCAAAAUUAUACAACUAUCUUGUUUAAUAAUUCAGCAGUAUUUCAACUUAACAAAUAUCCUGUUUUCAUCUUACAGAGCAAUUCAACGAGUUCAGAAAACAAGCAAUACCAAUCCCUACACAGAGAGCUCGAACCGCCAUCACCAGCUUAUGAAAGUUACAGAUUGCCUCAAAAGUCGGGCCCAGAAUCGGGCAGUCGAGCAAAUGAGGCUGUUAACGGGGAGUAA